ACUGGAGGAUAUGGCACAUGGAUCUUGUUCAGUCUGCAGUCCUGUAUAGCGUAAUGACCCUCAUCAGUACCUAUCUAGUAGCUUUUGCCUAUAAGAAUGUCAAGUUUGUUCUCAAACACAAAGUGGCACAGAAAAGAGAAGAUGCUGUUUCCAAAGAAGUUACUCGCAAGCUGUCUGAGGCAGACAACAGGAAGAUGUCUCGUAAAGAGAAGGAUGAAAGAAUUCUGUGGAAGAAAAACGAAGUUGCAGAUUAUGAAGCAACAACUUUUUCCAUCUUCUACAACAAUACUCUCUUUCUGGUCUUGGUCAUCAUUGCUUCAUUUUUUGUGCUGAAGAACUUCAACCCCACCGUGAACUAUAUUCUUUCUAUAAGUGCUUCAUCUGGACUGAUUGCUCUGCUAUCUACAGGAUCCAAGUAGAUGAAAAAAACCCUCCUGAUUUAUACCUGUGAGAGGGUUCAACUGCCAUACAAAAGUUUAAGGGUGGAAUAGGAAUACAUUUUUUUAUAGUGUGGCUGCUUCAGGGUAUGGGGGGGAGGGUUUGAAU